AUGUACUUUUCCAAGGCGAAAAGGCCAUUGAUAAAGACACGGAACCUUUUCGUCUCUUCCACUUCACUUCACUGUGUCUUUCCGGUUUCCUCUUCUCUAAUCGUCGAACAGAUCAAAGAGAUGUCGUACGUUCCACCACAUAAACGACAUGAAAAUAUUGCAAUCAGAGCAUCUACUCUUCCACCUUUUCUUCUUACAAAAGGGAAUAUUAAUACAAAGAUAAUCUACGCAAACGAUUGCAUUUCCAGAUGGUUUCUCGUUGGUUCCGAGGAUAACAACAGCUUUCAACUUAUGCCCGCUUCUUCGGAAUGGAAGAGAGUUGCAGAAGACAAAUCGUUGGUAAUCUUAGUGAAGAGCGAUUUCAGGAAACUGGAAACUCCAUGGCUUUGGGUAACAGAGAUGGUGGAAGAUGAUCUUGUAUUGGGAUUUGGUAGGGCUAAGAAGACGCUUCUACGUUUUGGAUCAGAGGAUGUCAAUCUCAGAUUGAUCGCUCGAUUCGGGAAAGUUGUAUUCAAUGGAGCUAAUUCAUCAGAAACUUUAAGAGAUGGUCCGUUAACUAAAAGGGCAUUGGAAAAACUGAAGAAAUCAUUUCAUACAAAUGUCCCAAAGUCUUAUGUCCAAAACAUUGGACUUGGAGCUGUACCUAAGAUGGGGUUUUGUGCUGAUCAAGAGACCAAGGAGUUGUAUCACGUGAAGGUAUCAGACAAAACUCGUCCUGACGUAACCAUCUCUUGCAAAUGUAUGGCUGAGCUUAAUGCUUUGAGGCACUUAAUUCUUGAUGUAUCUUGCCUUGGUCAAGAUCUUGACAUGAGGCUUACGGUUGACUCAAAGAGGACAUUAAUCAAUCUCUCAGUGAGUUUACUUUGUCUAUUCCCUAUGUAUAGUAUCCAAGAUUAUGAGAUGAAGAUAUUAUUUAACAAGUGGUAUAGAUUAACAUAUGAAACAUGGUUCUUUGGUUGUGUCCAGGAGAAUGAGAUUAAGAAUCUCAAAGAACUAACAGAUUCAGCUGUGAUAGAUCCAAGUGUGAAAGGUGGUUUAAAAUGGCCGCUUGGGAAAUCUUCAUGCGCGGAUCGAUAUAGCGUUUGCGGCGUUUGGCAUACCGUAACAACUACAUACAGAAACUCGGAUUUAAGGCUUCAAGUCCGAGAGGCUGAUCGAUAUGAUUUUAGAACUGGCAUUGGAGGAACCUCAAGGGAAGUAUAUCUCAAACUAAGAGCCUUAAGCAAACUACUAAAGGAGGAAAAUGUGGAGAGGAAAUGUGUUUCAGACAUGCUAAAAGAUUGUCUGAAGCAAGUGUGGGGUUGCUUUUUGAAGGCACAAGUGUAGUCACUGUGUUUUUGGUUUGUUUGCCAGUUUGUGUCACUUACUCCAAACCUUGCUGUCUUUUACAGAUUUUGGCUCAACUAAAAUUGUGGCAAUAUCCACAGACCACAUAUCUUUUGGAUUGGAGAAAGUAUUUGAUAUUAAAUAUUGCUGUUUGGAUUUUCAACUUUGUUUGCGUGUAC